UUAAAACAGUCAGUCUGGAGCCUUUCGAUAUGAAUGCCGUCGAACCAGAAGCCGGGAGUUACGGCAGCGGCGGACGGCUCUCCUCCAUUGCCGGAGAUGCCGCUGUAACAGCACUUUUUCACCGCCUUCUCUGCACAUCCCAACUGAUCUAAACGCGUAUCUCUGAAUCAUCUUCUCUACUCAUUUCGGGAAUGCCGUCACUAGACAUUCCUGUCAAAGUCUAUCUAUCUCUCGUCUUUUAGACCAUCCAUGUCACGUAAUAUCUCCAACCACACAGGGCGGGCGUGCUUCGACCGUGUCAUUACCAGAGAGAGAAAGCGAGAGAGGAUUCUCCUUCUACUGAAAAGAAACAGAACUUCCUUCUUGUUUUGCUUAGUUCACGCGAAGCAAGAAGCCAAGCACCGGAAUUACUCGGUCAUGUGAUUGGAUCAACUUUCGUUCACUCUGUAAUUCCAGUUGUAGCUCAAGAAGAAGAGGCGUAAGAGAGAGAUUCAGAUUGGGGAUUCGAAAUCACCGAGUUUUUUUCAUCGUAUCUGCUAUUACUUCAGGCAAAACCAGGACGCAAUAGCAUGGAGGAAAUGGACAUUGCGUUCAAGAGGAAGACAAAGUGGAAGAGAAUUUUUUUUGGUUGCUUCUCCGUUAUAUUCAUCAUGGCAGCCGGAAUUGGUAUUUUCUCGGCAGUCGUGCAUGCAAACAGAAGCGGCAACGACGAAUUCGACGGAGAGGUAGACAGCCUUUCAUCAGUGAGCUCCAUUUCUGCAAUAUGUGGGCGGACAGAUUACAGAGAUGUAUGCGUCUCCGGUCUAUCUUCUGCAACAGGUCCUGAGCCUGCUGGCAGCCGCACAAAACAGUUGAUCAGGAAGGCGAUCGUGCUCACCAUUGUUGAAGUCGCCAGGGUUUUGAAUCUCACAGCUAACAUUGCUUCAGCCCAUCAGAAUUUCUCUGAUUUCAGGCAGUUUGAAGCUCUUGCUGAUUGCCAAGAGCUCCUGCAGAAUGAAAUCGACGAGCUAAGUAAUUGUCUGUCUGAUGUUUCUGGCAAUAGCUUGAGGGAACUUCCAAACAGAGUUGAUGAACUGAGAAAUCGGUUGGGAGCUGCUAUGUCAUAUCAAAGCUCAUGUAUCGACGGCCUGACCGAUACCCAAGUAAGAUCAAUGAUGGAGAAUGAACUGGUGAAUGCAACCAAAUUGACAAGCAACGCUCUCGCUAUAGUUACAGGGGUUGCCUCCAUUCUCACUGAUCUUCAAGUCGAUGCCAAAUCCAGUCGCUUACUUGCAGAGGAAGCCAUAGAAAAACUCCAAUAUGAUGGCAAGAAGGCAAGUACAGAAUACCCAUGUUGGUUUGAGUUGAAGGACAGGAAACUCUUGAGCCUUCAUGAUUCUGGAAAAGUGACACCAAAUGCAAUUGUAGCCAAGGAUGGCAGUGGGCAAUUCAAGGCGAUAUCUGCAGCACUAGCAGCAAUGCCUGCGGAUUACAAUGGCAGAUAUGUCAUAUAUGUCAAAGAGGGCAUAUAUGAAGAGCAAGUCAUUGUGACAAAGAAGAUGAAAAACGUCUUGAUGUAUGGUGAUGGGCCAAGAAAGACGAUAGUCACAGGUCGAAAAAAUUACGUCGACGGGACGACGACUUACAGAACGGCAACUUUUGCCGUGAAUGGCGACGGCUUUCUCGCGAAAUCGAUGGGAUUCCAGAACACAGCAGGAGCUGCAAAGAACCAGGCAGUUGCGCUCAGGGUGCAAUCAGACCGGUCUGCCUUCUUGAAUUGCCAAGUAGAAGGAUUCCAAAACACCCUCUAUGUGCAAGCACAUCGCCAAUUUUACAGAGACUGUGUCAUCUCUGGUACCAUCGACUUCAUCUUUGGAGACGCUGCUGUAGUCCUGCAGAACUGCUCCAUGUUUGUAAGAAGACCACUUGACCAUCAACACAACACAGUCACUGCCCAGGGAAGAACUGACAAGAGGAGUCCAACAGGGAUAGUUAUUCAGAAUUGCCAAAUCAUGCCGGAUGCGGAGCUCUCCCCUGUUAUGUGGAGGAUCCGGAGCUAUCUCGGACGGCCUUUAAAGAAGUACGCGAGGACUGUGAUCAUGGAGUCUACAAUUGGGAAGGUGAUCCGGCCACAGGGAUGGACUCCCUUGGAUGGUAGCUUUGCUUUGGCUACUCUGUUGUUUGCAGAGUAUGAGAACAGGGGACCUGGUGCAAACACUACUGGGAGGGUGAAAUGGAAAGGGCACAGACUGAUCACUAGCAGAACAGAAGCACUUAAAUACACAGCCAUUAAUUUCAUUCAAGGUAGGCUCUGGCUCAGGAGAACUCACAUUCCUUAUGCACUCGGCUUACUGAACUGAGAUUGAUUCAGACUGUAAAAUAUGUCGGUUGUUUCUCAUAAAACUAGGACAUGUUCCAAUAUGGUAGAAUACAUCAUGUUAAAUUGAGGCAGAUUUAUGCAAUAUAGAGGUCCCGUUUGCAAAUAUCCACAUCAUAAGAGAGAGACAGAGAGAGAAUUGAAUGGGAAUUCGUUGACAAAAUUAGGCAUUGAGGUGCUCUCAGUAAUUAGAAUAGAGCAACUUGAUCUUAGAUCACUGAGAUAGCGAGGUUCUAAGAUCCAUGA